GUGAGAUAAGAGAAGAGGGAGAGAGAUAAGAAGAGAUCAAAACUAUGGUGAUGAUGAUGUGGGAAGAUGUAACUGUUGAACGACCUUCAAGUUUUGGAGCACAGAGAAAGAAGUUGUUGCUUAGUGGAAUAACAGGCUUUGCCGAACCAGCUAGGGUUAUGGCUGUCAUGGGUCCUUCUGGCUGCGGAAAAACCACCUUUCUUGACUCUUUGACUGGAAAACUUGCUCCAAAUGUUGUAAUGACCGGGAACAUUCUAAUCAAUGGGAAGAAAAACUUGAAUUCCAGAGAUGUGUCCUACGUAGCUCAGGAGGAACUUUUCUUGGGAACUUUGACUGUAAAAGAGACUCUUACAUUCUCUGCAAACAUGAGACUUCCUUCCAAAAUGACCAAAGAAGAGAUAAAUAAAGUGGUGGAAGAAACCAUAAUGGAAAUGGGUCUGGAAGAUUGUGCAGAUACAAGGAUUGGGAAUUGGCAUUGGUAGGGGUAUUAGUAUGGUGAAAAGAAGAGAGCUUAGCAUUGGCCUUGAAAUUUUAACACAAACCCAUGUAUUACUUCUUGAUUGAACUACAACUGGCCUUGAUAGUCCUCAGCUUUCUAUGUAAUUCAAGCACUAUGCCACAUUGCUCACAAAGAAAAGAUAGUUAUAUGCUCCAUUCACCAAACCCAGUAGUGAGAUUUUUUAUCAUUUGAUGACUUGCUUUGGCUUUUCAAAGUGGAGAAAAUGUUUAUUUUGGACAAGCAAAGAAUGCUCUAAAGGUAAACAUUUUUAUUGCACAGGAAAGUUGGAGUCUAAUACGAGUAAUUGAAAUUUUGUGUCUCUAAUUAGAAUGGGAAUAGUUUUUUGCCGAUGCAGGUUUCCCUGUCCUACUAGAGAAAUCCUCAGAUCAUUCCUGAUGUGUACUAAUUUGGACUUUGAUUUGAUUACUGAAGUACUAGAGAGGACUCAAUUAUGUUUGGCAUCAUCGAAGUCAACAAUGGAAAUGAGAAAAUCAGAGAUCAGAAGGACACUGAUUGAGACUUACAAAAGCUCAAAGCUAAUGCUCAAUGCAAGAAGUAAAGUUCAACAACUGAAACACAAUGAAGAACAAGGAAUUAAGCACUACACAGGUAGCACUACCACGUGGAGGAAACAAUUGUGUACAUUGACCAAGCGAUCUUUCUUAAACAUGACUAGGGACAUUGGUUACUACUGGCUGAGGAUAAUAUUCUACAUAAUGGUAGGAAUCAGUAUUGGAACCCUCUUUUUUCACAUUGGCACAGGAAACAGCUCAAUCUUGGCUAGAGCAAAGUGUGUAUCAUUCAUCUAUGGAUUCAUGAUUUGUUUGUCAUGCGGAGGAUUACCAUUUUUCAUUGAAGAAUUGAAGGUGUUCUAUGGUGAAAGGUCCAAAGGGCAUUAUGGAGAGGCUGUGUUUGUAGUAUCAAACAUCAUAUCAUCAUUCCCUUUCCUUGUUCUAACAUCUUUUUCCUCCGGAACAAUCAUUUACUUCAUGGUGCAAUUUCAUCCGGGUUUAACUAAUUAUGCAUUUUUCUGUAUCAACUUAUUCUGCUGCCUAUCUGUUGUUGAGUGUUGCAAUCAUGGCUGUAGCCUCACUGGUCCCCAAUGUGCUGAUGGGCAUUAGGAAUAGGAAACUGGUUGUAAUUGUAAGCAUACCAUUUCUCAGUGUCUGAGUCUGAGAUAAUAACAUUUAGGUUAAACUUGAUGAUGGAGUUGUUUCAUGGUGGUUGCAGAUCUUCAUGAUGAUGCCCUCCCAAAUAUUCAGAACAUUACCUGAGCUUCCAAAGUUCUUUUGGCGCUAUCCUAUGUCCUACCUUAGUUUUGCUUCUGGGCAGUUGCCAGGUACAAUGUAAAGUGUUUUGGAUAAAAAACAAGAGAUAAAAACAAAGGACUAUUACUAGGAACAUAAAACAGCAUAUAUAACAUUAUGCUUUUUGUAAUAGCUUGUGAUGUUUUGUACUAAAGGAGAAUACAAGAAUGAAGUUGGGGGGUAGAGUUCGAUCCUUUGCUACCAGUGAUGCAAAGGUUAGUGGAGAAAAAGUUCUAUCAUCGAUACUUGGGGUUCCAUUGGAUCAUAACAAAUGGUGGGACUUAACAGCAUUGGCUACCUUAUUAUUAGUUCACAGAGUGGUUCUUUUCUUGGUGCUUCGGUUUGUCAAAAGAGCAAAAUCACCUAAGCUGUGGUUCUAUGCAAAGAAAAGUCUACAGUUUGGAAAGAGAUGUUUGCUCAAUGACAAGCCAUCUAUCUCUUCCAGGAAACUAGCUCAGCAUCCAUUAUCGUCUCAAGAGGGUCUUAUGUCCCCAAACCUUGCAAUGUAACACUUUAAUAUUUAUUGCAAAUCACUACUAGAAAAAGCAUUUUAGCCACAGACGAAAUUGGUCACUAAAUAAGUAAAAUCGGUCAAAAACCAUUAAAAUUACCUUAAA